AUGGACCAUUCUCGAGAGGCGCCUUGGGCGGAACAUGAAAAGACAUAUCUGUUCGCCGAAAUCCUCAAAGGAUCUUUGUCAUCGCCAGCUUUGUUCGCCAUCAUCAGGGACAAUCACAUACAGCCAAGAUGGACCGAGAUCGCCCUGCCUCCUGGACGGUCUCUGCGCUCAUGUCAAACAGCCUUUAGCGAAUUCAUCGGGGCAGAUCAUCGCGCUUUACCUCUGCAGCCUCAACCAACGCCUCUCUUGAAUCCUGUUCAAGAUCUUCCCAGGAAAAGACCGAUACAUCCAGACCUAGCUCCAUCCAGUGCGCGACCCCUGCAGCCUCGUCCUCCGAUCGCCUAUUCUAAUGAUCCGUAUGGUUCACCCUAUGCUGCCUCGUCGAUGGGGGAACCAGCCCACAAGAAGAAGAGAGGUCGUCCAACCAAGGCAGAAGCCCAACAGAGAGCCCACGAUGCGAUGCUACGUGGAGAGGUGUAUCCACCCCCUAACAAGAAGAAGCCUGCGAGACCAUCUGUGACCGGCAGUGAUGGCGGAACCACUCCUGUUGCGGGAGCCUCGUCCGCUAAUCCUUUUGAGAGGGCCAGCACCCCACCACAACCACCAAUGGAAGUUGAAGAGACGUCUUCAGGCAAGAGGCGUCGUACACGACCGACGAGAUCAGAAUUGUCAGAGAGGCAUAGUGAGCAUGGUAUGCAGCCACUCGCAUCGCCACGGCAAUCGCACUCAAGCCGUCCAGACACUGGGCGCGCACCCUAUCAUCAAUCAGCGCCACCCGAAGAACAAGGUUCUAUCACAGAACGUCGUGAUAUACGCAUGGAGGGAGCGGAGGAAUUUUCAACACCGCAGGCACAAAUAGAGACACUCUACCCACUACACCACACCUCACAACAGCAACCGCAACAGCAACAACAACAGCAACAAGCCUCAUCAGCGCCCUCACUACCCCCACCCCCGCCACCACGACCACAAUCCCAAUCAUCACAGCAAACACCUACAUCACGUUCAUUCAAGGAGACAGUCGGGAUGUGA